AUGGCCGCCUCCGGCGCUGUGAGCCGUCUCCUCCGGGCCGCGGCCGCCUCCUGCCGCCGGCUUCCCCCUCCUCCCCGCGGCGUCGCCCGUCUACGAUGUCCAGGCCGGUUUUUGCAUGCUUCAGCCCCGGCUCGGCUCAGCUCAGAAGAUAAAGUUACCGUCCACUUUAUAACUCGUGAUGGAGAUAAACUAACAGCCCAGGGAAAAGUUGGAGACUCACUUCUAGAUGUUGUGGUUGAUAACAAUCUAGACAUAGAUGGAUUUGGUGCAUGUGAAGGAACGCUUGCUUGCUCUACGUGUCACUUAAUCUUUGAAGAGGACGUGUAUAAAAAACUAGAUGCAAUUACCGAUGAGGAAUUGGAUAUGCUGGACCUUGCCUAUGGAUUGACAGAAACGUCUCGACUGGGUUGCCAGAUCUGCUUGCAAAAAUCUAUGAACAAUAUGAUUGUCCGAGUGCCAGAAUCCUUUGCUGAUGUCAGGCAAUCCGUAGACGUUGGCAAGAACCCUUAAA